AUGGUACCAACCGAUCGUCCAGGACCAGCUCUACAAAUGUACCAAGAUUUCCUCCGAAAUACCAACUAUUCCAUGCCCGUGACAGUCUCAACAAAACGAGUACCACUCAAA